AUGUCUUCGCUGUCCCCUAUCUUCUCCCCGCGAUACAUUUGGCUUGGGAUGAGCAUUGUCCUCUUGACUUUUCCUCCGUUCCGUGUCGCAACCGCUGUCCGGCCUGUUGAUUUCGAAUUACGUCUGGCAGUGAAACCAACCAGUCACCCAAGAUCAGCCCCGGUAGUUGUUGCGCCUGAUGGACGAUUCCCUAGUCCGACUGCGGCUCAUCAGGGGCAGAGUUCGAUGGAUGCUCGACUCGAGCAAGAUAAGGACCUGCUUUCUCUAAGGCUAGGACCUCGAAAGAACACGGUUGCAAGCUCACACCAACCACCACCUAACAGACCUUAUGAUGCUAGACUUUUUAGUCAACAUCCAGGCUUUGGGCCAGGCCCAUCGACCGUCCCAGAAGUUACUGCUCGUGCCACCGCAGCACAAUACGCCCCGGUUAAUCGGGGUAAGGAGGCGAUGGAUCCUCCCCUCGAUCCGCGAAAGGAUGUAUUUGAGCUGAGCUUAGGCCCUUCAAAAAUUCCGGUUAGUUCACAUGAGACACAGACUAAACCUCCUGUGGGCUUCAAGACAGGCCCCUCAGUGGAAACAGUAAAAUUCGCGCUGAACAACGUCCGGCGGCCUGGCCUUAACCCGGCCCCCUAUCACUUUCAGCACAUGCCUCCGCAAUUGAUGAAUGGCAUACAUCUCCAACCGGGUCCACAGUCCCAACAGGCAAGACAUGGCACCCUAGUCAAUUCCCAUCAAAUCAUUCACGGGGGACCGCGGUCAGCCGCAGUAAACCAUCGGAUCCAGCCCGCUGCGCCGAACCCAUUCUAUCGGCAAGGCCCGCCAACUGGCAAUCCACAUGCUGUCGAUGUGCAGCAGCCUAGUCAGUUGCAACGGAUUGCGCGCAGCGUGAGCCGGCUCCAGGAAUGUCGCAAGAGACGAGCUCAGGUUGAGAAAGCAAACAACACAAUCUUGCCUAGAAAACGCACGAAAACAAAAGCCCUAAUCAUCCCCAAUCCUCCUGCUCCUGAACUUCAACGUCCUCUACCUGAUGCCAAGUCUUCCAGUUAA